UCAACAACAACGCGCUGUCAACCUUAAACACUCCAGAAGCUAGAGUGGGAAGAUGACCAUGUAGAAUGACUUCAUGGAAGAGCCUAUAUAAGCUAAAGGAAGUAGGUUACUGCAGCGUUAGGAUAUUAAUCCAAAGGAACUACAAGCUUAGUAUUUGUACAAGUGUAACAACAAUGUCCCAGCCAGCUCCUGUGAAAAAGAAACGUCCUCCAGUAAAAGAAGAAGAUCUCAAAGGAGCUAAAGGAAAGCUAUCGAGUAACCAGGAAAUCAAAUCCAAAACCUAUCAAGUCAUGAGGCAGUGUGAGCACGCUGGCUCUGCUGCACCGUCGGUCUUCAGCCGAGAACGCACAGGAGGAGAAACAGUCUUUGACAAACCAAAAGCAGAGCCUCCAAAGAGUGUCUUUGGCUGACAGCCAUGAGUAUUCCUGGCACCCUUCACUUCUUGUCUUGUUUUCCCAUAUAUCAGUCUUAUUAUUGGGCUAUUAACUUAAUCCUUCAGUCAUGAAUCAGUGAAAGAACUUGAAUUGAAAGACAUCCCUUCUUUUUAUAUAUGAUGGGAUUUUUUUUCUUAGCUGUCCAGUAGAUAAUUCAAGUUAUUGAGUUCAGGAUGAUAUUGGAAUGACCAAUUUUGUAACAAAAAUCCAGGAUUCUUCCUUUUAAAGUUAGUGUUCCGCUUCUAAUUGUGCUUAUGGUGUUGUAGCAUAAAACAAAUAAAGCUUGGUGAUUUUGA